AUGUUGAGGAAUUGUGCUACCCAGAGAACUAGCAUUUUUGUCAGAUACGCCUCCCAAGGAGGUUACAAAAGAUGGAUGCAAACGGUCCCAAGCUCUGUCAAGAGACUGCCUGUUGCCAACUUUGGUUCGUUGAACUACCAGCUUAAUCAAGAAAUGGCUCCAGUUCAACAACAACAAUCGCCCAGAGGAUCCCGUUGGUCGAAGCAUUCGCUCACAUUCCCCUCGCUGGAACCUCAGGAACAAAAGAGCCAGCAGCCAAGAGAACAGCAUGAAACCAUCACUAUAGCAUCGCCUCCACAACCGGUCGCAAGAAAGUCAAGAACCUCGAGGUUCAGAAACGUUGCAAAGUCCAACAAGGAGGUGAAGGAAGCAUCUGCCAAGCAUGAGGAGAUUACCAAUAAGGAGGUCAAGGAGACCCCUGCCACAAAGAAUGAAACAUCUGCACACACUGUCACACCAGCAACAGAGGAGAAGCCCUCAGUUGCUUCAGCACCUCUUCCGAAGGUUAACACUGAAAAGCAGGCUCUGGAAGCCUCUGCUAAGCCAAAGAAGGCCAGAAGACAGUUACGUCCCAGAAAAGCAUUGAUCACAUUGUCUCCCGGCGCUAUUAAGCACCUUAGAGCAUUGAUAGAUCAGCCCGAACCACGCCUUGUUCGUAUUGGUGUCAGAAACAGAGGUUGCUCGGGCUUGACAUACCACUUGGAAUACGUCACCGAGCCAGGCAAGUUUGACGAAUUGGUUGAGCAAGAUGGCGUCAAGGUCUUGAUUGAUUCAAAGGCCCUUUUCUCCAUCGUCGGCUCCGAGAUGGACUGGAUUGACGACAAGCUUUCCUCCAGAUUCAUCUUCAAGAACCCCAACUCGAAGGGCACCUGUGGUUGCGGAGAGUCCUUCAUGGUUUAA